AUGGACAUCGAUCCGACUAUUUAUAUUCGUUUGAAAAAUUUUAAUCAAAUACAUUUAUUAUCUUAUUGGAAUCAACUUGAUCAUGAACAACGAGCCAUACUUAUUCAAGAUAUUAAUAAUAUUGAUCUUGAUCAUAUUACACAAGCUUUUCAACAUAUUAAAGAUCAAUUAAUUGAAAAAUCUAUUGAUAAUAAUUUAAUUGAGCAUGAAAAUAAAGAAACAAUCGAUCAAAUUAUGCAACCUAUUCCUGAACAUUUAACUGGUUCUAUUGAUGGAACAAGUAAAGAACAACUUGAAUAUUAUCGUCGAAAAGGUUUAGAAGCUAUUGCAGAAGGCUCUGUAUGUGUAUUAUUACUUGCGGGAGGCCAAGGAACUCGGCUUGGUGUCAAUAAUCCCAAAGGAAUGUACGAUGUCGGUUUACCAUCAAAAAAAUCACUCUAUCAAAUACAAGCUGAACGUAUUUGUCGACUUGAGCAAUUAGCAAAUGAAGAAUGUAACACAACAAAAGCGUCAAUUCCAUGGUUUAUUAUGACAAGUGAACAUACACGAAAUUUAACAGAAGAUUAUUUUUUUGAACAUAAUUAUUUUGGUUUAAAAUCUGAAAAUAUUAUUCUUUUUGAACAACAUACAUUACCUGCAUUAGAUUUUCAUGGGAAAAUAUUACUUGAUGAAAAAUAUAAGCUAACAAAAGCAGCUGAUGGUAAUGGUGGUUUAUAUCGUGCAUUAAAAACUCGUCAUAUUCUAUCGGAAAUGAAAAAACGUCAAAUAAAAUAUAUUCAUAUUUAUUGCGUUGAUAAUAUUCUUGUUCGUAUUGCUGAUCCUAUUUUUCUAGGAUUUUGUCUUGAUAAAAAAACUGAUUGUGCAGCAAAAGUAGUAAAAAAAUCAUUUCCUGAUGAACCUGUUGGUGUUAUAUGUAAAAUUCGAAAUCAUUUUCAAGUUGUUGAAUAUUCUGAAAUACCUGAACAAGUAGCACAAAGAAAAAAAACUGAUAAUAGUGAAGAAUUAUUAUUUAAUGCUGGCAAUAUAUGUAAUCAUUUUUUUACUUUUGAUUUUCUUCAAGAUAUUUGCCAAAAUCAUGAAAAUAAACUUUGUUAUCAUAUAGCAAAAAAGAAAAUUCCAUCUAUUGAUAAAGAUGGUAAACGUAUGGAUAUUAAUGGUAUUAAAUUAGAAAAAUUUGUUUUUGAUGUAUUUUCUUAUGCUAAAAAUUUUUUUAUUUGGGAAGUACGUCGUGAAGAUGAAUUUUCACCAUUAAAAAAUGCUUCUGGUACAAAAGAUACAGCAAUUACAUGUCGAAGAGAUUUAAUGUUACAACAUGUUCGUUGGCUUCAAGCAGCUGGUGCUAUUGUACCAUUGAAUACAGCAAAACAAAUUAUUUUAUCGGAUAAAUUUCAUGAUAAUGAAAAUAAUUCCUAUAUUGAAAUUUCACCAUUAAUAUCUUAUGCUGGAGAAAAUCUUGAAUUUAUAAAAGGUCAAAUACUCAAAUUACCGUUGACGAUUGAACUGAAAUAA